ACGAUUCCAUCGCUUGUAUUCUUCUCUCGCUCUCCGACAAUGGCCUUCACCAACCUUCACACUCUUUCCUCUUCCACCCUCGUCGCUCUCCGCCUUUCGAACCCUCCUCCGAACCUAGGGUUUCUCCUCCAUCGCUCGUCUUCCCAGCUCGCGAUCCCCACUCUCGCGCUGUUCGGCAACCGAUCUGUUGCUCCUACCUUGGGUUUUGGCGGAGAGAUCCAUGGGUUAGCUCCGUUGGCCUCUGGACGAUCCCUUGUUUGGAGAGCUUUCUGGACUUCUAUCAACUCAACAGAUCAUUCAACAUCUUCUGAAACAUCACAUGACCAGGAUGAUAAUUUGGUUCCUAUGCCAAAAGUAACAAUAGAUCAAGAUUCAACUCCUGAUGCAACUGUUGUGAAGCUUAGUUUUGGGGAUCGUCUUGGGGCACUCUUGGACACGAUGAAAGCACUCAAGGGUCUGGGCCUUGAUGUCACUAAGGGCACUGUAAUUACAGGUGAUUCUGUGAAGCAAACAGAGUUCUUCAUUACCAGAUCGGGACGCAAAGUUGAGGAUCCUGACAUGCUAGAGAAAAUCAGACUUACUAUAAUCAACAACCUAUUGAAAUAUCAUCCAGAAUCUAGUCAAAGGCUUGCAUUGGGUGAAGCCUUUGGAAUAAAACCUCCUGAGAAGAAGCUUUAUGUGGACAUUCCAACACAAAUUCUUGUUCAAGAUGAUGGACCAAAAAGAAGCUUGCUUUACAUUGAAACAACUGACCGGCCUGGACUGUUGCUGGAAAUCAUUAUGAUCUUGUCUGACAUCAACAUCAACGUAGAAUCAGCGGAGAUCAUCACUGAAGGGUUGGUGGCCAAAGACAAGUUCCAUGUGAGUUACAGUGGUGCCGCACUGUCUGAUAGCGUAGCCAAGGUGCUGAUAAACUGUCUCAGGUACCACUUCCGCAAGCCUCAAACUGAGGAUGACAGCUACUGAUGACAAACAAUGACGCUGAAGCAGUUCAUUCCCCUUCACAGGUGAACCAAAGUUGAACCUUUUGUGGUAGAGCCAUGUGCAAUUCCUGUUGCCGGCUGAUGAUACUCAUGCUUCAUGUUAUCUUGGACCUGAAUUUGUGCAUAAAGUAACACAUCCUCAAUUUGAGUACUGCCUGACCCGGAUUAAAUUCAUUGGGUUUUCAAGUUUCAAA